UUAAGAGGAAGUUCGCAUUGAACUGGAUCUUACUGUAGUUGGGGGUUUGGUUACCACAUUUGGAUACCACAUUAAAUUAGCAUAUUGAGUUUCUAUGGCUAUUCAAGUGCCCCUGUUAUUUUUUCGGCCAAUCAGCUGCACGUCAAAGAGGGACCUCAUGGCUACUUAAGUAGCCGCUCCAGCAUUUUAAAGGUGACUAGCUACUCGUAGAAGCUGCGUGUUAUUAUAACUGAAUGAAUAUGGACCAGGAACAACGCAUCGCAGAAGAACUAAAUCGUGGCUGUUACAGCGCAAAUCUUUGUCAGUACUUCUCCACGACGACAGGCGACGAUCUCACUUCUGAUUCUGAACCCGAACUAGAAGAUGAAGAAGAAGACAUCGACGUGAGCGACUGCAUUACACUGGAAAACAUCCCGAAUCUACAGUUGACUUUAGCCGAAGAUGAGGACGACGAAGAAGCACUGGGCCUCGCGGCGGAGGAGCUGCUGGAGCGUGAGAUAUCAGACGCUAUAUCUACGGUAACAUUCGAGGGCAAGAAAGAAAGAGAACUGGAGAAGAUCCGUAACUUUGACUGCAAAUGCUACGGAAGACGAAAAGAGGAUUCUCUACUCGGGACACAGUCGUGUAGCCGCAGACUUCCCCCAGAGCUCAUGUACAACAUACGGAUGGAUUCGUUAGCGGCCGAAAAACAUUGGCAGGACAUGAGGAUCAUUGGACAUCUUGAGGCGAACAGGCGUACAGUGGUGACUUCUCAGAUGACUACAUCUAGGAAGAGGCCAGCGAUUAAAAGAAAGUCCCCCCGAACCACUUAUCUGAUAGGAGGCAACGAAGUCUGCAGGAAUACUUUUCAGUUUCUUAUGGGAAUAGGCAAAGACAAGCUGACAGACAUCAUCAAACACUUUGAUGUGAAUGGAGCAAGACCACGGGUAAGGCAGAACAGCCCACGGCCACCAUCACCCAAGUUCAUUGGACGUAAACAGAUUGACGGAGCUGUGGAAUUUAUAAAAAACUAUGCGGAAGACAAUGCUAUUAUUCUGCCUGGCCGACAUCCUGGGCAUAGGGAUUGGCACGUGAAGCUGCUGCCAACUCGUGUAUCCAAGGCCACAGUGUGGCGUCUAUACAUGAAGUCUGCUAAGGAGCUUGGGGAGCGUGCAGUUUGUAAAUCAAGCUUCAAAGCACUGUGGAAUCAGCUCCUCCCGCACAUCAGGUGCGGCAUGCCAAGUACAGCUCUCUGCGGGCAGUGCCAACAGAAUACCGAGCAGCUGGUGCGAAGUGCAAACCUCCCAGAUGAGAGAAAGUCGGAAGCUGUCAAGAAGCAACAGGAUCAUCUUGCCCUUGUGCAAAAAGAGAGGGCCGUGUACAAUGAGAUGACUGCUGCCUGCAGACAGACUUGUGCUGACUCUCAGUUGUCUUUUGGACCCUCCCCACCAGCAAGCAAGAAGAUCAGGAUGCACUACAAUUUUGAUUUCGCACAGCAGAUGCACUUUCCCUCAAACCCUCUUCAGCCUGGGCCAAUGUACUUCCUGACUCCACGGAAAUGUGGCCUUUUUGGUGUCUCCUGUGAAGGGUUGCAAAAACAGGUGAAUUACCUGACCGAUGAAGGCAUGUCGUCGAGUAAGGGGAGUAAUGAAGCCAUCAGCUACAUACAUAAUUUCUUCUGCAACUUUGGAGUUGGAGAAACAGACGUGGAUCUGCAUUGCGACAAUUGCACUGGGCUACACAAAAACAACUCCAUGCUCUGGUACGGUGCCUGGCGGGUGGCACACAAGCUUCACUCCACGCUCAGCAUGCACUUCCUGAUGGUUGGCCACACUAAACUUGCCCCCGACUGUGGCUUUGGUCUAAUCAAGCAAGAAUUCAUGAAGACCAGAGUCAACACUUUGGAAGACAUCACUCAGGUAGUGGAAAACAGCUCUCCUGAAAGUGGCCUCAAUAUUCCGCAGCUUGUCGGAACAGCAGAUGGCAGAGCGAUAGUUAAGACCUUUGACUGGCAGACCCAUCUGAGUCCCUACUUCCGAAAGCUCCCACAGAUCAAGAGUUAUCAGCACUUCAGCUUUGAUGCCAACAGACCAGGUGUGGUGCUUGCCAGAACUCACAGUGAUGCAGAGCCUAUCGAGUUUCAGUUACUGCACAAACCAGGAGUUCUGCCCCCUGUUGACGGUCUUUCUGUCCUGGCCCCACCGGGACUGACCAUGGACAGGCAGGCCUAUCUUUUUGAGAAAAUCAGGCCUUUCUGUUCUGACGAGGCAAAAGACAUCACAUGCCCAGCCCCACAGCACGGUCACUGCAAGAUCAGAGCACCGAAGAGUAAGCGGAGGAGGAUGUGAUAUCACCAAUUUGCCUGCAUAUCGACUGUGAUGGACAGUGGUUACAGCCAUGUUGUAGGGGGAGGAAUAUUGGGGGUAGAAUAUUGGAAAUACUGGAAAAUAUUGAACUCUCCCUCACACCCUCUCCUCAAUGUGCUGAUCACCCACAGGAGCUCAUUCAGCAACAGACUGGUCCAGCCACACUAUACCAC